AUGAUUGACCUAGGUUACCCAGACCCACAAAAUUCUGAAUUCGCUAAUGAAUCCCCAGUGAUAUACUACCAUUUUAGGAUACCUAGUGAUGACUUUCAAUUUGGUCAUAGAGCUUUAGGGAAUGAUCAGGAUGUGAUCAACCUUUCUAAAUACAUUGCACAUAACAAGCUGAUUGAGGUGUACACAGAGCAUGGGAAGACAAAUUUACUGAAUUACUUCAUGUCUCCAAAUGCAAAGGAUAAAGUUGUCAUUGAGGAAUUACCAGAAAAUGAUAAUCAAGGGGCUGAAGUUGAGGGUCAAAUUCAUGUAGAAUCUCCAUCGAAAAAUAUAAACCAUGGUAAUGAUGAGCCUAUUGGUGAGUACAUGUCUUUGAUUCUUUUUGGGAGUAAGCAUGACACUUUCUCACCAGAGUAUACAAGGGGUAGAGUUGGGAAUUCCAAAAGAGGUGAAGGUUCUUGCAACAAGAGGCUUAAUUUAGAAGAAAUUGAUGAGGGUGUUCACAUAUCAAAUGAAAAGAAUGAUGACCAGUAUGGUUCAAAUGAUGUUCUGGAGGCAGCAACUUCUGUUCAUAUUGAUGAGAUGGAUGGUGUUAGGGAGGCUGUAAUUGGUGUUGAAGAGGCAUCAAAUGUUGUUGAAGGAUGCUACAAUAUCCCCUGUUAA